GGACGAAGAAGAAGAAGAAGAACAAAACGCGGAGCGGCUGCGUCUGCUGGAACUCCGAGACAUCUCCACGUUCGCGUUCCACCGUGAAUACGUAGCUCUGACACCACUUCUACAAAAUCCUUCGCAGACGUUCUUCAAUGCUGCUUUGCUGAAUUUCGCUGGGAGUACCGGUGCAUUUUAGGGAUAUAUUGAUGGAUACUCGCCUGUAGACGCCCAGUAGGAUUCGUGACAGGAGAAGAUCUCGGAGACAGACACCGUUAUCCGACCGCAACAUUCACAAAAUUUGCGGCCGUCGGCUAAGGAUAAGAUAAGCAAGACACCAUGCAGCCGCGACGACAAUCUGGACCAGCGCAGCAAUAUCCGUACCCUCCUCCUCCGCCAUACCAGCAAGGACCGUACCCACCCCCUGGACAAUACCAGCAAGUCCCGUAUCCACCACCUGGACAAUACCAGCAAGGACCAUACGGCGCACCGAAUCCGGGGCAAUAUCCGUACGGAUAUCCACCACGAUACGGGGGCCAAGUGCCGCCACAGGCGCAGCCUCCGCCACGUGAAGACCGUGGAUUGAACUUAUUCGGGGAGAGCAGCGAGGACCAACCACAGAAUGUCAUAUUCGAAGAUAAGACCGUUCGACUAGCCUUCAUCCGGAAAGUAUAUGCUAUUCUGUCACUGCAGCUCCUGAUGGUCACGGUUCUAGUAUGCAUCUUCGUGUUCGUGCCCGAGGCAAGGCAGGCAGCCCACAAAUAUUACAUACUCUUCAUGAUAUGUGGGUUUGUAGGCCUCGGAGUACUUCUCGCACUGAGUUGCUGUCCCGGACUAUCUCGGAGCUUUCCUAUAAAUAUGAUACUCCUGGCUGUCUUCACCUUCUUCGACGGAUUAUCACUGGCAGGUAUAUGCUCACACUACAGGGCAGACGAAGUGGUGCUUGCUGCAGGAGCCACGACGGUGGUUUUCUUCGCUCUAACCAUAUUCGCGUUCCAAACAAAGAUUGACUUCACUGUCUGUCACACAGCCCUGUUUGGUGCAAUGAUAAUACUGUUCAUUGUGGGAAUAGCUAUGAUAAUCUUCCCAAGCAGGACAUUGAGGAUCAUUUACAGCGGCUUCGGGGCAUUGAUCUUCACUUUCUACAUAAUCGUAGACACGCAGUCCAUAGCCGGGGGUAACCGUGCAGAAAUUCUCUCUCCUGAGGACUACGUCGUGGGCGCCAUCAUACUGUACACGGAUAUCACGAGGCUUUUCCUGAUGCUGCUUCAACUCCUGAAUUCGCUCAACAACGACAACAAUUAGGAGACACCCAUCGUGGCCGCGUUCCCUCUGAACGCAAUGCUACACGACACUUAUUGAAAAAAAUAAGAAUAAAAUUAUUGAAUUAAUCGUA